GGCGUAAGAUGACAGGAGCUGAAAUGGGACAGAAAAAUGGGGCCGGUAAGACUUUCAGUCACGGGGUCACCCGUUCGGGAACGGAGAAGAAGAAGAAGAAGAAAGGUGGGGAGGAGAUCAAGAUGGACGGGCUGAAGAGGGAGCUGGACAUGGACGAGCACAGGAUUCCCAUGGAGGAGCUGUUGGAGAGGCUGAAGGUGGACCCAAAGCUGGGCCACACCCAGGAUAAAGCCAAAGAACUUCUGGAGAGGGAUGGACCCAACGCCUUGACCCCGCCCAAGACGCAAUCUGAACUCGUUAAGUUCGCCAAAACCAUGCUGGGCGGAUUCGCCACACUGUUGUGGAUCGGCGCCAUCUUGUGCUUCAUCGCCUACGCCAUACAGGCGAGUCAGAAUGAAGACCCACCCUCAGACAAUUUAUACCUGGGCAUUGUCCUGACCGGUGUUGUCAUGGUGACCGGAUGCUUCUCAUACUUCCAGGAGGCCAAGAGCACGCGCAUCAUGGACUCGUUCAAAAACAUGGUGCCACAGCAUGCAUUGGUAGUCAGGGGAGGGGAGAAGCUGACAGUCUUGGCUGAGCAGUUGGUGGUCGGCGACGUUGUGGAGGUGAAGUUCGGGGAUCGAAUCCCUGCCGAUAUCAGGGUCAUAUCAUCCCACGGUUUUAAAGUAGAUAACUCAUCAUUGACUGGAGAAUCUGAACCACAGUCUAGGAGCGCGGAGUUCACACAUGACAACCCACUCGAGACUAAAAAUUUGGCAUUCUUCUCAACCAAUGCCGUUGAAGGUACGGCUACUGGUAUUGUAAUCCGGACCGGAGACGACUCCGUCAUGGGCCGUAUUGCCAACUUGGCCUCUGGACUGGAAGCGGGUCGCACCCCCAUCGCCAACGAGCUGGCACAUUUCGUCCACAUCAUCACCGGCGUGGCCAUCAUCUCCGGCGUCAUCUUCUUCAUCAUCUGUUUCUUCUUCGGCUACUACUGGCUGGACGCGGUCAUCUUCUUGAUUGGUAUCAUUGUGGCGAACGUUCCGGAGGGGCUACUGGUCACUGUUACGGUUUGUCUGACACUGACCGCCAAACGCAUGGCCAAGAAAAAUUGUCUGGUCAAGAACUUGGAAGCUGUAGAAACUCUGGGAUCCACCUCAACCAUCUGCUCUGACAAGACCGGAACCUUGACCCAGAACCGUAUGACGGUUGCCCACAUGUGGUUUGAUGGCCAGAUUUUUGAAGCCGAUACAAGAGACGAUCAGACCAUUACAACUUUUAGCUCGGAGGAACCAACAUGGAAGGCGCUGUCACGUGUUGCUAUGCUGUGCAAUAGGGCAGAGUUCAAAGGUGGCCAGGACAAUGUAUCGGUUCUCAAAAGAGAAUGUAAUGGCGAUGCAUCAGAGUCAGCCAUCUUGAAAUGCACAGAGCUUGCUAUUGGGAACGUAAUCGACUACCGUAACCGUAAUAAAAAAAUUGUGGAGAUCCCUUUCAACUCCACCAACAAGUUUCAGGUAUCGAUUCACCAACUGGAAAACUCCACGCAGUACCUGCUGGUGAUGAAAGGAGCGCCAGAACGGAUAUUGGAGUGCUGCUCCACUAUAUUACUGCACGGGGAGGAAUACGAGUUGACCGAUAACUAUAGGGACGCCUUCAACACAGCGUACAUGGAUCUUGGAGGUCUGGGUGAAAGAGUACUAGGUUUCUGUGAUUACCUACUGCCCACAGACGUGUUCCCACCAAAUUAUCAAUUCGACACGGAAAAUUUGAAUUUCCCAGUGGCAGGCCUGCGGUUUGUCGGCCUCAUGUCUAUGAUAGACCCACCUCGGUCUGCAGUACCAGGGGCGGUUCUCAAAUGUAGAAAUGCUGGCAUCAAGGUGAUCAUGGUAACAGGAGAUCAUCCAAUCACUGCCCGAGCCAUAGCUGUAGGUGUUGGUAUCAUCUCACCAGAGAGUAAAACAGUGGAGGAUAUUGCAGCAGAGAGGGGGAUACCUGUGGAGGAGGUUGACCCCAGAGAGGCCAAGGCCGCCGUCAUACACGGUGGGGAUCUGAGGGAAAUGACCCCAGCCCAGAUAGAUGCCGUCCUGAGGAACCAUACAGAGAUUGUGUUUGCCCGAACCUCACCACAACAGAAACUUAUCAUCGUAGAGGGCUGCCAGAGACAGGGUCAAAUUGUGGCUGUUACUGGUGAUGGUGUCAAUGACUCACCCGCUCUCAAACAGGCUGAUAUCGGAAUUGCGAUGGGUAUUGCUGGCAGUGAUGUGAGCAAACAAGCAGCAGACAUGAUUUUACUUGACGACAACUUUGCUUCCAUUGUGACUGGUGUUGAGGAGGGUAGACUGAUCUUCGACAACUUGAAGAAAACCAUCGCCUACUCCUUGACCACCAACAUUCCAGAGCUUGUUCCGUUCGUCAUCUUUCUGUUGGCGGAUAUUCCAUUGGCGCUUGGAACCAUUGCCAUGUUGUUUAUUAAUUUGGGAACGGAUAUGGUGCCAGCUAUCUCGUUAGCUUAUGAAGAGGUGGAGCUGGACAUUAUGAAGCGGGCACCGAGAGACCCAGUCAAAGACAAACUGGUGAAUGACAGGUUGGUCUGUGCGUCCUAUGCUCAAAUCGGGUUAAUGGAAGCAGCGGCCGGAUUCUUCACAUAUUUUAUCGUGAUGGCCGAGCACGGUUUCUGGAUGUGGACUCUGGUCGGCAUCCGCGCCAGGUGGGAUAGCCCAGGUGUCAACGACAUCAAGGAUUCAUACGGACAAGAAUGGACUUACUACCAACGCAAGCAGCUGGAGUUUACUUGCUACUCCGCUUACUUCGUGACGUGCGUCAUAGUCCAGUGGGCGGACCUUGUUAUCAGGAAAACGAGGCGUCUUUCAAUUUUCCAACAUGGCAUGAAAAACCACUACUUGAAUUUCGGUUUAGUUUUUGAAACUGCUUUGGCUGCUUUCUUAUGCUAUUGUCCUGGUUUGAACCAAGCCCUACGUUUUCAACCUUUGAGGUUCACCUGGUGGCUGUGUGGUAUCCCUUACUGUCUCGCCAUCUUUGUUUACGAUGAGAUGAGGCGCUUUUUCUUGAGGAGGACCCCUGGAGGCUUCGUGGAGAGGGAGCUGUACUUUUAGUGCAAUAUCAACAGUGAUAUCAACAUGGCGGUAUCAACACUUGUAAUUUCAACACUUUUGAUAUCAACAUAUCGAUAUUCACAUCAGUGAUAUCAUAUUUAGCAAUGGCAUCAAUCAUAAAACGAAUUUUUAAAAAUUGUUUACCUGCUGUGUUUUUGUCAGCUAGGAUGGUAAUAGGAAGUGGCUGAUGUGAUCAUGUGAUACACAUGCUUUUUAUUCUAGUAUCAUUGACCUUUUUAUUUCGAUAUUAAAUUUUUUUUUUUUUUGAUUGAACGAGCUUUUUUUUUUAUUUACGAGGAGUUUAAGGGGAGGUAAAUGUAUCAUUUAAAGUGAGUUUUAUCCCUUUGAAAUUUUAUGUGAAUUGAAUUUUAAUCUAAAUUUUAUUUUAAUUAGUGAUUGUUGAGUUAUUUUAUGUAAUGCAUUUGUCAGUUUAUGAUAAAAAAACACAAUAGAAAGUAGUUUUUUACUUUGCAUUUAAAU